AUGUCUGUUUUCGGUGGUUUUCUUGGAGGCAUAUGUGCUGAUUAUUUUGAUGAUGAAUUUGGUUUGCCUCUGCUUAAUUACAAGGCAAUUAGCACCAAACCAAAGGAUGCCGAGAAUUCUGAAGCCAAGAGAGGAAUUAAUGAGACCAAGAAUAAGUACAAGAAUGUGGGCAGCAGCAGUUCAUCGUCUAAACCUAAAGCCUUGGCUGAGGAACCGCAAAGCGAUGCACUGUCUUUUGCUCCUUCCUCUGAUGGAUUGUUCUGCUUUGAAACGCUAGUUUCCAAGUUCACCAAACCUACUUAG